GACAGUGAAUUCAUACGAUUAUUUUAUUUAAAGCAUCCCGGAGACUUUUAUUUUGAUAUAAACUAAAUGAUAAAAUAAAUAUGAUAUUUUGAUACGACUUUUAUUUUGAAGCGGAGAUGAGGUAAACGCGGAAUUGACUUAAUUGACAAACCUGCGAAUUAGCAGUUUAGCACGUUCAGGUCCCGAAUAUAUAAAAGGUCCAGGUCGUUAACUACGAUAAAAUACUGUGUAUAUUCUGUUAUUUAUUAUUUUACACAAACUAACGCGGCGCUUUAGGACUCGAUGAUGGCGAAUUACCGCGUAUUUCACACACAGCUUGCGACCAUCAUGGAAACCCUGACUCGGGCAGCAGUGGCGGAAAUUUGCGAGCUUGUGGAUGACGGCUAUGCGAUUUUACACUUGGAGAUUUCAAGGCAUCAGAAGGAGAACGAAGAGCUCCGGAGAAAACUUCAGUUGAUCGAGUCCAUUGUUGCUGCGCGUGGCUACAGCGAUGAGACAGCGGUUGUGCGCGAGGCCACGAGUCGCCGCGCUUGCGCAGAAUCACGAGACUCAGAGGAGCGCGCCCUCGUCACAGUCCAGGUCAAAGAGGAGGGACAAAUUGAUGAAGAUGAUGAAGAUGAAACGGUCGCUGUGGUAGCUCACGAUUCUCCAGAUGAGGACGUCAUAGAGCUUUUGUCACAUAAAGUCCCAUCAGAUACAGCCUCUGCAAAUGAUGACCUCCAUACACACACACUGGCAGACACACAGUCCCCGAGCCUUCCUCCACACAUACUCACAGACACACAGUCACACACUGAGGAGUCACAACAUUCCAGUGUGGACCUAACAGCCUCUGAUGAACCUCUCUGUUCUUUUAACACACAGAGUAAUACGCAUGCACUCUCAGACACGCACACUGACGUGACCGCUCAUAGCUGCUCAUUUCCAGAUAAGAUGUGCAUGAAGAGAGAGCCUAUGGUGUCUGAUCUGAAUCUUACUCUGGACUGGAGCACACACCCAGUGCAUAACACACUGUCACAGUCCCACUCUUCCUCAGCUGGAAAUAGCACAAGGACACCUGCUGCCCACAGCUCCCCUCUCUAUACCACACAGCACUUGCUUGGACUGGGUAACGUAUCAGGGUUGAGGUUGUUCGGUAGCCGUGGCUCAUUGCAAGGGGGUGGAGUCGGUAAGAGGCAUUUUAUCUGUUCCAUCUGCGGCAAGAACUUCACCACGGCGCAGAGCCUAGACACACACAUGCGCAUCCACACAGGUGAGCGUCCAUACCGCUGUGAACAGUGUGGCAAGCGCUUUACUCAGUCUGGCCAUCUUACAGCACACCAGACUGUUCACACUGGAGAAAGGCCAUACGAGUGUACACAGUGUGGAAAACGCUUUGCAGGCAAGCAGUACCUGCGAAUACACACCAAGAAACACCAUCCUGAGUAACACGAUUUCAACAAACUCCACAGAGCAUACACACUAAUGUGCAUUUGUGCAUGUUUGUGUAUGUACAGUGGGGAGAACUAGUAUUCGAUACACUGCCGAUUUUGCAGGUUUGCCAACUUACAAAGCAUGUAGAAGUCUGUAGUUUAUAC